GUUCCCACUUCAACUCCUGCAAGACUCUUUCUCUGUGUCAGUAAAUCCCCUUCUCUUUAUUCAAUACACCGCCAUGACAACCGCCGGAGAUGGCACACAUGUCCUGGUAUUUCCUUUUCCUGCGCAGGGGCACAUGAUACCACUUCUUGACCUAACCCAUCAACUAGCCUCUCGUGGCCUAACAAUCACCAUACUCAUCACCUCCAAAAACCUCUCUCUUCUAAACCCACUUCUCUCCAAAAAUCCUACAAUCCAAACUCUCAUCUUGCCUUUCCCUGCGCACCCUUCCAUCCCCUCCGGCGUAGAGAAUGUCAAAGACAUGCCCCCAGACGGCUUUCGUGCUAUGAUUCCCGCCAUGGGUGAGCUCUACAAUCCUCUCCUAAAUUGGUUCCACAACCACCCUUCGCCGCCUGUGGCCAUCGUCUCCGACAUGUUCUUGGGGUGGACCCACCACCUCGCUUGCCAGCUCAGCAUCCGCCGCCUCGUGUUCUCUCCUUCCGGUGCUAUGGCCUUGUCUGUUGCUUAUUCCAUGUGGUGUGACCUACCAAAGAGAGAUGAUCCCAACGAUGACAACGCUCUGAUUUCAUUCGCAAAAGUGCCGAAUUCCCCGAUUUACCCUUGGUGGCAGCUCUCUGCCCUGUAUCGUUACUACGUUGAAGGAGACCCAGUUUCGGAAUUCAUCAAAGAUGGGUUUGAGUCUAACAUGGCGAGUUGGGGACUCGUGUUUAACUCGUUUAGUGAGUUGGAACGGGUUUAUCUGGACCAUCUAAUGGAGGUAUUGGGCCAUGAUCGAGUAUGGGCUGUUGGGCCGUUAGUCCCUUCUCCUAUUAAUGAUCAAUCUAGCCCAAUAGAGAGAGGUGGGUCCAGCUCUGUAUUGCCAAGCGAUGUGCUGUCUUGGCUCGACACGUGUGAAGAUCGCACGGUUGUGUACGUGUGCUUUGGAAGUCAGGCAGUGUUAUCAAACAAGCAAAUGGAGAAGCUAGCACUGGGGUUGGAGAAAAGUGGGGUUAAGUUUAUAUGGUGCAUCAAGGAGUCAACAAAGGGACACGUGGAGGGACAGUAUGGUGUGAUUCCAUGUGGGUUCAAAGAUCGUGCGGCUAAAAGAGGAUUUCUGAUAAGAGGGUGGGCUCCGCAAGUAUUGAUAUUGAGUCACCGAGCUGUUGGUGCAUUCUUGACUCACUGCGGGUGGAACUCGGUGUUGGAGGGAAUAUUUGCGGGAGUGCCAAUGCUAGCUUGGCCCAUGGGGGCUGACCAGUUUGCAAAUGCUACAUUGUUGGUAGAUCAACUUAGAGUGGCAUCUAGGGCUUGUGAGGGUGCUCAAGCUGUUCCAAACUCGGAUGAGUUGUCUCGGUCGUUAACGAAAGCCGUGGGCAAAAACCGGGAAGAAAUGGUUCGAGCCAUGAAGUUGCGUGAUGCAGCAUUGGAUACCAUUAAAGAAGGUGGAAACUCAACCAAAAAUGUGGAUGAAUUAAUUAGGAGUCUUACCUAGGGCUAUUCAUGAGAAGUGUUUUUGAUGUCUCAAUCAAACCCAUUGUCCACAUAAUAAUUCAUCUAUUCGUAAAAGAAAGGUAUCUUUAAAUAAUUCAUCGGACCUCUUGUGUGCAAAGCUUGGUAUGAUAUCUUCAAGAUGCUUACGUCUCAUAUUUAUCUUUUUGUAUUUUGAUAAAUAGUAUCAUAUUU